AUGUUGAAGUUUGACAAUGGUAGAAGUAAAGGCGAAGGCAUGAGGCGACUAAUUUCAUUGCUAGUUUGUUUCUGUGUCGUGAAAAUAUCUUUCGAAGCAUCAAAUCAAAGCCCAACAAAAUUAAUUGCAAGAGGGCUUAAUAAUACUAAUGACGAGUCAAUUAUAAGUUUGAAAACAUGGCUGGAAUUUCUACCCAACGAUGAGUAUACAAUAAACUUCAAUGCGACGUUACACGUUGAAGUGAAAAAUUUCUUUGUUCAUUUUGGAGUUUAUACCCAAAAUUCAAAUGGAAAGUACGAACCUUUCAUAAAAAAUGUUACUGUGGAUGUUUGCAAAUUUUUAAAGAAUCAAAGAGGAAAUAAAUUGAUGCAAGUUUUCUACAAUAGUGGAUUUAAAAAUCGGAAAUUUCCUGAUGGUUGCCCUAUCAAGCCGCAAUUCUUCUUCCUGGACGGUCUGAAGUUAGAUGAGAACAUUUUAAAAGUUAAAUUAUUCGAAGCAAAGUUCUUGAUUGUCACCGAUUAUUGCACAAAGAUAGAUAAGGUCAAAUUUUUAAAGAAUCAAAGAGGAAAUAAAUUGUUGAAACUUUUCUACAAUAGUGGAUUUAAAAAUCGGAACUUUCCUGAAGGUUGUCCUAUCAAGCCGCAAUUCUUCUUCGUGGACGGUCUGAAGUUUGAUGAGAAUAUUGUGAAACUUAAUGUUUUCGAAACGAAGUUAUUGGUUGUCAUCGAUUAUUGCACAAAGAUAGAUAAGGUCAAGUAUUAUGCAAUGAAAACUUAUUUUGCUGUUGAUCUAGUUGAUCGAGAAAAAUAUGAACUUGAGAAAGAAAAAGAAAGAAAACUCUUAAACAAGAAGAAACGGAAAGAGACAAAUGGCUAG